AUGCGACCCCAAUCUGAGAAGACUAAAGGUAAACGUCCGAGGGUAGUGGUAUGCGGGGCACUUCAGACGCCAGUAUCUUCCCGCCCACAGACUCAGCCAGACCGCAUGUCUUUGGCCAGCACUCAGCCUCUUAUGCCAUUACUCUCCUCUCCAUCUUUUAUUAGCCCACCCAGUUAUUCAUUUCAGCAUACUGGGGGACCUAGCUAUCCAUUCCAGCAGACUGGGGGAGCUAGCUUUCCAUUCCAGCAGACUGGGGGACCUAGUUAUUCGUACCAGCAGAGUGCUGGACCUAGCUUUCCACCACAGGUCCCCCCAGGUUUCCAGCAGACAGGGGGAUCUCGCACCACACAUCCGACACAGGUGCCCCCAUCCUUCCAGCAGACAGGGGGAUCACGUACCUCACCUAUACCUCCAGGCGGGGAUGAUCAUGUGGAGGUAGAUCAGGAUGAUAUUGAGCAGGAUGAGGAUGAUGUUUUGUUGGAUGGCGAUAAUCUUCAGGGGGACGAUAAUCCGGAUGAGAUUCAAAUCGUCGAUGGCAGAUAUUAUAUUACGCCUGUUGGACAUAAUUUUACUCCGAGUCGAACAACUGCAAAGUGUGUGAGCUAUGUGAUUCAGCAAAUGUAUAAAGAUGCUUGGACGAGAUUUGGAGAAGUUCCAAAUAAGGAUGAUUGGUUUCAAAAAUUUAAGGAAAAGUGCACAUGGGAUGUUUUGAGCGAGAAGGCUGUUAAGAAAGUCUUUUUUACUAGGGCAUCAAAAAGACUUUCUGACACCUUACGACGUGUUAGAAAGCGUUGGGAACGUGAUAGUAGUUAUCCCGCUUGGGUGGGCAAAGACACUCUUGAUAAACUUCUGGUCUAUUGGGAUUCACCUCAAUUUAAAGCUAAAUCUGAAAGUGGCAAAAAAAUGAGGGCAUCUGAAAAAGGUGGGCACGUUAAUGCUGGUGGAAGUAUAAGCACCUACGAACAUAUGCGACGCAUGGAAAAGAGGUUGGGGAGAAAACCACUCAUGGUUGAGUUAGUUAAGGAGACUCGGACGAAAAAGUCGGGAGAGUAUGUUGAUGAGCGUACACGGCAAGCUUUGGAGGAUUAUCAAGAAAGGCUUGUACAAUUUUUCGUCACUAAUCCGAAAUUUACUCCUAGCGAAGGACAACCGCUUCAUCCAGAUGUUGAUUUUUAUAUUUGGAAUGAAGUCAUUGGCGGAAAAGGUCGUAAUGGAUGUUUUUUUGGUGGUGGAAGUAUGGCGGGAUGCUUGAGAAGUGGUGAUAGAAAUUUAUUUGAAAGAGUAAGAGAUGGGGAAGGAACGUCACGCCCAGCAUAA